GGUGAUGAUGAGGAUGAUGAUGAUGAUUUGGAAGAUGUUGUUGAUGAUGAUGAUGAUUAUGAAGAUGAUAAUGAUGAUGAUUCGGAUGAUGCUGAUGAUCCUGAUGAUGAUGUUGAUGAUGAUGAUGCGCAUGAUGUUGAUGAUGUUGUUGUUGAUCAUGAUGAUUCGAAUGAAGAUGAUGACGAUGAUGAUGAUGAUGAUGAUGAUGAUGAAGCUUCGGAUGAUGAUGAUGAUGACGAUGAUCAUCAUGAUGAUUAUGAUGAUAAUGAUCCUGGUGAUGAAGAUGAUGAUUCGGGUGAUGUUGAAGAUUCCGAUGAUGACGAUGAUGACGAUGUUGAUGAUGAUGAUCAUGAUGAUGAUGAUGAUGAUGACGAUGAUGAGGAUGAUGAUGAUGAUGAUGAUGAUGAUGAUGAUUAUGAUGAUAAUGAAGAUGAUGAGGAUGAUGAUGAUGAUUCGGAUGAUGAUGAUGAAGAUGUUGUUGAUAAUGGUAAUGUUGAGGAUGAUUCGGAUUAUGAUGACGAUGAUGAUCAUUAUGAUAAUGAUGAUUCGGUGGAUGAUGAUGUAUAUGUUUCGGAUGAUGAUGUUAAUGAUGUUGAUGAUCAUCAUGAUGAUGAUGAUGAUGAUGGAGAUGACGAUGAUGAUAAUGAUGACGAUGAUGAUGAUGAUGAUGAUGAUGCAGUUGUUUUUGAUGUGGUUAUGAUUCGGAUGCUGAUGUUUGUUUACGGUGUUGAUGAUGAUGAUGAUGGUGAUGAUGAUGAUGAUAUUGACGAUGUUGAUGACGUUGGUGAAGAUGAUGACGAUGAUUGCGAUUAUGAUGAUGAUUCGGAUUAUGUUGGUGGUGAUGAUGAUGAUGAUGAUGAUACGGAUGAUGAUGAUGAUUUCGAUGAUGAUGAAGGUGAUGACUUCGAUAAUGAUGAUGAUUAUGAUGAAGAUGUUGAUGUUGAUGAUGAUGAUGAUUCGGAUGAUGAUGAUGAUGAUCAUGAUAAUGAUGAUGAUUCGGAGGAUGGUGAUGAUGAUGUUCGGUUGAUGAAUUUUCGGAUAAUGAUGAUGAUGGCGAUGGUGAUGAUGAUGAUGUUGAUGAUGAUGAUGAUGAUGAUGAUGAUGAUGAUGAUGAUGAUGAGGAUGAUGAUGAUGUUGAUGAUGAUGAUGAUGAUGAUGAUGAUGAUGAUGAUGAUGAUGAUGGAUGAUGAUGUUGAUGAUGAUGAUGAUGAUGAUGAUGAUGAUGAUGAUGAUGAUGAUGAUCGCAUGAUGAUGUUGAUGAUGAUGAUGAUGAUGAUGAUGAUGAUGAUGAUGAUGAUGAUGAUGUAUGAUUCGGAUGAUGAUGAUGAUGAUGAUGAUGAUGGAUGA